GCUGGGCAGGGGUCCCCAGGGAAGGGUGCUGUGCUGGGGCUCCUGCCCGGGCGCACUGCCCGCCCUGACCCCUCGUGUGCCCACAGGCGCCAUGGACGGCGGGGGCGGCGCCAUCGUGCACGUGGACUUCCCCGAGGUGGCGAGCGCCCUGCUGGAGAACCUGAACCAGCAGCGGGUGGAGGGGAAGCUGUGCGACAUCUCCAUCCAUGUGCAGGGUCGCAUCUUCCGUGCCCACCGGGCCGUGCUGGCCGCCUCCUCGCCCUACUUCCAUGACCAGGUGCUGCUGAAGAACAUGACGUCCGUGGUGCUGCCCAGCGUCAUGGACCCUGGCGCCUUCGAGACGGUGCUCGGCGCAGCCUACACGGGCCGGCUCAGCAUGGCGGCCGACGAGAUCGUCAACUUCCUCACUGUGGGCAGCGUCCUGCAGAUGUGGCACAUCGUGGACAAGUGCACGGAGCUGCUCAAGGAGGGCCGGGCAGGCAGUGGGGGCGGCGUGGGACCAUCCUCCUCCUUAGCCUCCUCCUCUUCCUCUUUCCGUGCCCACUCCAGCCGCACCAGUGAGAACCAGUCGCCCAGCAGCAGCAAUUACUUCAGCCCCCGUGAAGCAGGUGAGGCGCCUGAGCACGGCGCCCCCAAGUACGCAGCCCGUGGUGGCAGCGCCGGGGCGCUGGAGCGCGAGGGCUCGGAUGGCCCCGACGAGGAGGUCAUCUUCCAGGCCGAGAAGGGCCCAUCGCGCUGCCCUGAGCCCUUCUCUGGGGGCAGCAAAUUCAUCCUGGAGACGGACGAUGAUGUGAGCGACAGCGGCGGGGACGGGGGUGGCGGCGGGGGCCGGCGCCCGGCCUACGUGCAGCCCAGCAUCAUGCCGCAGAAGCAGUGGGUAUACGUGAAGAAGGAACGUCUGCAGGAAGACUUGGUGCUGACGUGCGAGGAGGACGAGGACCCUGUGGACGUGGGGCCGGCCCGCGGCGAGCCCCCGCUCAGCAUCAGCGACGUGCGCACGCUGACAGAGCCGCCUGGCUCCAAGCUGGAGGAGCAGGUCAACUUCUGCGAGUCCUCGGACGAUUUCCCCUCGCCCUACGAGGGCCUGGAGGAGUCGCCAGGCGGGGCCGGCUUCACCCAGCGCUCCCUCCUGCCCCUGGACAUGCAGGGCAACCAGAUCCUGGUGUUCCCGCCCCAGGCGCCUGUGGAGCAUGGGGCUGUGCAGCUGGCAGCUGGUGCUGGCGAUGGCAACAAGAUAUUCAUGUGCCAUUGCGGCAAGGCCUUCUCGCACAAGAGCAUGCGUGACCGGCACGUCAACAUGCACCUCAACCUGCGCCCCUUUGACUGCCCCGUCUGCAACAAGAAGUUCAAGAUGAAGCACCACCUCACCGAGCACAUGAAGACACACACCGGCCUCAAGCCGUACGAGUGCGACGUCUGCGCCAAGAAGUUCAUGUGGCGAGACAGCUUCAUGCGCCACAAGGGCCACUGCGAGCGCCGCCACCGCCUGUCGGGGGGGGCUGCCAGCCUUCCUGGGGGCCCACCGGGGGUUACCCCCAAAAAAGAGCUCCCGACGGCUGGUGGGGCCGAGGGCGACUGGGGGGCCCUGCGGGAGGCGGCCUCUGGGCGGUCGCCCCGCAGUGAACUGGGCUUUGGUGCCAGCGGGGGCAAGAUGUGAGGGGGCAUCUGCCCCCCACACCCCGUGGCACCUCUCUGCCCCCCACAUCCCAGAUGCUGCCUACAGGGCUGGGGGCGCGGAGGAGCUGGGUACAGCUUUGACAACUGUACCCUGCAGGGAAGCCUCGGCUGGGGGGGGCUGGACAGCUAAUGCCCCCACAACCUGCAUCCCACUGCCAAGGAGGGGCCCGGACUCCGGGGUCCCUACGUCUCUUAAUACUAACCCCGCCUGCUGCUCUCCAUGGAGCAGGGGGAGGGAGGGGGGGCGGCUGAGUCCCCCUUCCCCACAACCCUGUGCCGGGGGCCGUGUCUGUCCGUCCCUGUCUGUCCGGCUGUCUGUGACGCGCUUCGGUUUUCUCGUGCGUGUGCGUGCGUGUGUGUGUCAACGACUGGUGCUGAGCUGGGAACCUGACGCCUCUCCCCCCUCCUGCUCCUCCACUGCCCGCCCCGUGGCUCCCCCCUGCACUGGUGCUGCCCCCUCCCGCCCCAGUUGCCCUGUACACGGUGCUGCUGCCCGUCUCCUGCUCACGGCACUGAGUGAGCCCCAUGUCGGUACGAUUCCCCCCGUCUCCGUAGCCCCCGAGGUGGGGCAGGCUGCAGACUGGGGGUGCUCCCUGCCCCUUCUCUGCCUCCUGG